AUGCCUCGCCCGGGCAGAAACACUUACAGUGACCAGAAGCCUCCCUACUCCUACAUCUCCCUGACCGCCAUGGCGAUCCAGAGCUCCCCGGAGAAGAUGCUGCCCCUGAGCGAGAUCUACAAGUUCAUCAUGGACCGGUUCCCCUACUACCGGGAGAACACGCAGCGCUGGCAGAACUCCCUGCGCCACAACCUCUCCUUCAACGACUGCUUCAUCAAGAUCCCGCGGCGCCCCGACCAGCCGGGCAAGGGCAGCUUCUGGGCGCUGCACCCCAGCUGCGGGGACAUGUUCGAGAAUGGCAGCUUCCUGCGCCGCCGCAAGCGCUUCAAAGUGCUCAAGUCCGAGCACCUGGCCCCCAGCAAGCCGGCCGACGCGGCGCAGUACCUGCAGCAGCAGGCCAAGCUGCGCCUCAGUGCCCUGGCCGCCACGGGCACCCACCUGCCCCAGAUGUCCACGUACAACCUCGGCGUGUCGCAGCCCUCCAGCUUUAAGCACCCCUUCGCCAUCGAGAACAUCAUCGCCAGAGAAUACAAGAUGCCCGGGGGACUUGCCUUUUCCACCAUGCAGCCCAUGCCGGCCGCCUACCCCCUCCCCAACCAGUUGACUACGGUGGGCAGCUCCAUUGGCACCGGCUGGCCCCACAUGUACAGCUCCGGCAUGAUCGACACCGCCACCCCCAUCUCCAUGGCCAGCAGCGAGUACAGCGCCUACGGCGUGCCCAUCAAGCCGCUCUGCCAUGGGGGGCAGACUUUGCCGGCCAUCCCCGUGCCCAUCAAGCCUACCCCCGCGGCGGUGCCGGCGUUGCCGGCGCUGCCGGCGCCCAUCCCCACCAUUCUCUCGAACUCGCCGCCCUCCCUGAGCCCCACGUCCUCGCAGACCGCCACCAGCCAAAGCAGCCCGGCCACCCCCAGCGAGACGCUCACCAGCCCGGCGCCCGCCCUGCACUCGGUGGCGGUGCACUGA